CAACACAGACAAUAGAGGGCUGUUUGCAGGGUGUCCGAAUACGGCGUUUUGAUUGGUCAAUUUUAAUUGACUCGCGAAUACAUGAACACAACACUGGCGGUGGACGUACAGCGUGCAUAUCCAUUCGUGACUGUCAGUUGUGUAUAUCAGCGCGGAGGCAUUAAGUGGUUCUAUUUUUCCACCUCAGCAGCUACAGCGUUACAUCACUCACUUGAUAUUCGGAAGGAGGACUCUUGGCGUUCGAGUUCAAGCAGAUUUCAAGGACUUCUUGCGCUCCGGUGUUGGAAAUCAAAACCCGGCAUGUCCACAACGACUCUACCCUCUCAACUGUAAUUCGACCUUGGAAAAGUAAACUUGUUGAGUUUCGAAAAUCGCGCGCCAGAUCGUCGAACUCUUAUCUCCAUACGGUCUCCAGGGAAGCGAAAGCCGGCAAGUCGAGAUGUGUCUGCGAUUGAACUCAAAUUAGGAUUAGAGAACCAAGACAAAGACGAGUAAAGCCGCGGACCAAAGUAACAACUGUCUUACGAAAUGGAUGACAGCGACAGUGGAGGAUUGAUGUCAACUGAGGAGGAGCAGUCUGGAGAGUCCUCUGGGUCUACUGGGCAUUUGCACAUGGAGAAAAAGAUUUCAAAACUUAAAAUGAAGCUCAAAGGAUUUCAACAGGUAGUUGAAGAGAGAGACACUUUAAGACAAGAUGUUCAAAACCUAGAAGGUCAAAUUGAGGAGCUGAUCAAAGAGAAGGAGCAACUGAACGCAGAACACGCACAGGAACUCGUGGUGUUGUCCACCAGUUUUUCUGAGCACUUAAAUCAAGCACCAGUUUCCCAAGACUCCAAUGAUCCUUCGUGUUCGAAGUUGAAAGCGGAAUUUGAGAAAGAGAUUCAAAAGUUGCGGACCACAAUUGAGGACAAAAACUAUCACAUUGGCAACCUGCAGAAGAAGCUACUUGAAGCGCAGCUGGAGUUGGAAAACGAGCUCGACAAACACGAAGCGGAGGUUGAAAGUCUUCGUGCUCGUUUGGGAAAUGGAGAACUGGAUUUUGAGAAAUUGGUUGAAGAGCGCCUGGACGAGGUAAGAAGCCAGUAUGAGACGGAGCUAGAGGAGUUACGAGCGCGGAUUGACAAGAACGAGGAAAGCACAGGAGCGGAGUGUAGCGACGACUCGAGUAGCGGAGAAUCGCGCCGCAAAUAUGUCAAAGAGAAUGCGGACUUGAAGACGAAGCUGCAAAAUCGUGAUAGCGACGUAGAAAAUCUCCUGGAAGAGGAGCGGACCAAGUAUCGGGUUGAAAUUAUGGCGGUGAAAGAUCGCCUCACGCAUCAGCACCAGGUGGAAAUAGACGACAUUAUAUCGCAAUUGGAAAAGUCCAACGCUGAAGUUGAAGAACUUAAAGAGAAGUUGAGGCAGGAGAAGUUGAAAGAGGACACAAGUAAUAAAGGUUACAACACCGCAAGUUCAAACUCUGGCGUGCAUAACGGUGAAGUGGAAAAUGGAGGUGCCGACCGAGAAGAAGGUUCUAUGAAUGUGAAGUCAGUCAUUGUCCUAAGUCAUGACGGACAAAGCGAUACCGCUGGGAUGGAGGCUCUUCGAGCGGAGCUUCAUGCUCACUACCAGCAACAGAUCGAACAAGUCGCCAAGAGACUGAGCGAGGAGUAUCAAGGCGAACUGGAUGAAAGUCUCAGCAAGAUGGAGGAAGAGUGGGAGCAACAACUAGAGCGUCAGAAGAACGAGAACGAAGAAAAGAUUGCGUCUCUGCAGCGCCAGUUGAAGAGCCAGUAUCAAAACGACCUGGACCAAGUGACAGCGGACAUGGAGGACCAGAUUCAAGCCCUCAGGGACAGCCACGCUCAAGAGGUGGCCGAGUUGUUGGGAAAAUUACGAGAGCUUUCCGAAGAACGCCGAAGAUCUGUCAUCCAACAAGACACCACAGAGCAGCAGGUAGUCAUAAUUAAGGAGGAGUACCGUUCAAAAGUCGAGACCUUGGAGCAAGAGCUGCGCAUCGAGAAAGACAAAGUUGUUGAAUAUCAGCGACAAAUGGAUACGGUGGAGGCGCAGGUGCAAGCAUUCAAAGCUGAAAAGCAACAGGAAUUGAAAAUGAUCGAAGAGGAGAUGCGGCGACAAUGUAAAGCCUUAGUGGAAAAGAAGGCUAACGAGCUGAAGGAAAGGUACCAAAGCGAACUGAACGAGAAGCUGAACAAGACUGAACAGCACUGGAGAAAGUUAUACGAGGAAGACAUUGGAAAGACGAGGUCUGAAUUGGAAGAAAGCAACAAAACACUGAAAGACAAAUACGAACGACAAGUAUCUGACAUUAUGGUUCAAAUGGACGAAGUUCAGCAACGGAGCAGAGAAGUUCUCAUGCAAGAGAAGAUGCAAUUUGAAGCACAGCAGAAAGAACAGUUCGAGAGACAGCUUUCGGAAGUGAAAGAGGCACUGGAACCUUACAAAGAUAAGUGUUUUGAACUAGAAAAAGAAAACCAAUCGCUGUCCGAAAAGUACGAACGCGAUCUGUCGGAGUUAAAGAGCAAGAUGAACGAGGUUGAAGGACGUUACAAGGAAGAUAAAGGAAUCGAGGAGCAGUACUUGACUACCCUUAAAGGUGAGCUGGAACUCUACAAGAACAAACUCCAGGAAUUGCAGGAAGGGAAGAAGUCGUUGAUGGAAAACUACGAAGCGCAACUUGCUAACUUGAAGAAAAAGUAUGACGAGAUGGAAGAAGGAGAGAUAAAAACUCUCCACGAAGAAGUUAAUGUCUACAUCAAAAAAGCUGCAAGCCUAGAGGAGGAGAAAAGAGCGUUGUUGGAGAAGUAUGAAACUGAAAUGAACGACUUGAAGACUGCCAUAGGUACGCUGACAGGCGAGUUAGAGACAAAGAAAGCCGAGGCUGAGAAUCUGGAAAGCGAGAAAAACAAGCUGUCUUCGACUAUCUUGGAACUUACCCAAGGUUUAGAAUCGGCGAACAGUGCAUACGCGGAGUUGGAGCAGAAAAAGGAAGGGAUAGACAAUAAGUUGAUCAAAGAGCUGCGUGGCAAAAUCUCAGAUUUAGAGAAAGACUUGGAGGAUUCUCGACACAAUUGUUUCGAGCUGCAGGAGGCCAAGAGGGCGUCAGACAACAAGCAAAGCGAAGAAUUGGAAUCCCUGAGGUCCAAACUGGAGGAAGAGAGUAAUGUAAACCAAGGUCGCGAAAAACAAUUGCUUAGUCUUUCAUACGAGAAAGAAAGGCUUGAAGAAGAUGUGAAAAAGAUACAGAAUGAGUUUGAUCAGCUUCAGACUAAACAUUUAGAUCUAGAAUGUGCUUCUAGGAAAGCUAGAGACGAACACGCACUGGAAAUAUUUACGUUACAGACUGAAUGGUCUGAAACUCGAGAGAGUCUUGGUAAAGAAAAACAGAAUUUAGAAGAACGCUUGCAAGAGCUCGAGCAAGAGCUUAAGACUUCAGCAGAAAGCUUUGAACGCCUUGAAGAAGCAAAGAAAAUUUCCGAUGAACAACAUGCAACAGACGUGGAGGGCCUCAUGUCGGAAUUAAACAUCUUGCGAAAUCUCAGCGCUGAAGUAGAGCAACUCCGAAAACUGGAAAAAGAAAAAGAAAACUACGAGCUAGAGGUUUCAAAAUUGAAAGAAGAGAUAGACUCCCUCACGGUUAAAAUAAGGGAACUUGAAGCGGUCAACUCUAGUUCUUCUCAAGAGAUUGCAGCGCUCCAAAAAGAAGUUGAAAUGGUCCGUGGUGCUCACUUUGAAGAAGAAAGACAAAGGUACGAGCAAGAACUGGCGACUCUUAGAACACUUACAGAAGAACAGAGAAUUACCAUAAACGAACUAGAAGACGAAGGGCAGAACAAAUUUGGUGUACUUUUGAGUCAGCACGAGAAAGAGCUCGAAAGUUUGAAAGAGGAGCUCGAGGAACAGAUUGCCAAGAAAAGAGAGCAACUAUCAAAGGAGUCGUCUGCGAAGAGACAAAAACUCAAAGAUGAAUACGAAGGGAAGCUUAGAGUACUAUACGAGGAACUUGUUGCCGAGAAAACCAGAAUAAAAGACUUGAUGAAGUUAAAUGAUGAUCUCAGCAGAAAAUUAAGCUCAUCACAAGAGGAAAGUAACGUGCUCACAGAGGAAAUUGAACGCUUGAAAGAAAUUGAAGAACAUUUGACUGGAGUGGAAGAAAAAUUGACCGAGGAAAAUGCAGCCAAACUGGAACAGAUUGUGGCGGAAUACGAAGAGAAAGUGCGCAGUCUUGAAGAAAAGAUCUCCAACUUAGAAAUUACAGAAGAGGAAAACAAUAAAACUGAUAACGAAAGUGAGAAAGAACGGGAACAGUCUUUGGAAGAAUACAGAGAGAAGGUCGAGUCUUUAGAAGUUGAGCUCACUACGAUAAAACAAGAGGCCUCGAGGUUGCAAGAGGAGCUGAAGAAGGUGGAGGAGAAGAGCGAACUUGACAUCAAUAAACUAGUGGAGACUUAUGAGGAAAAGUUGAAGACGUCAGACGAGGAAGUCCGACAUUUAUCUGCUCGUCUCGACGAGAGUGAAAAAGAGCGCCAACAAAGCGUUCAAUCGAUGGAAGGUGAAAAGGAAGCCCUGAAACAACAACUAGACAAUGCUACCGAUGAGAAGGAGAAGUUACAAACCAUGGUAAAAAAUCUCGAUGCCGCAAAGCAAGCAGUUGUUCAUAUGUACGACGAGAAGAUAGAAGUUCUGGUCAAUGAAUUAGAGGAGGCGUCGGAGAGAGCGAGCAGCGCCGAGGAAAACUUAAAAGGUUCUGGUCAAAAAUUUGCCGCCCAGGUAGAGAAAUUAGAGAAUGAGGUGACAGAGCUUCGAGAUGAAAACAAACGACUGGUCGAGGACCGUGAUUCGUCUUUUCACAGCCUCGAGAGAACGCUUAAUACCGAGGUCGAAUCAAAGGAAGCCUUGCAACAGAGAGUCGCUGACCUGUUAGAGCAGCUAAGCAGCGAGAGAGUGAAACUGGAAGGAAAGCUUGAAGAAGCAUACUCCGAUAGACAAAGACUGGUAGAUGCUUUUGAAGAGAAGAAAAAAGUGCUGCAAGAUGAACUGGUUUCUAUGAAAAAUGAAAGCGCAACUAUAAAGCAGACGUUGGAGGAAACCAAAGAAGAAGUAAAUAACCACGCAACAAAACUACAAGAACUGGACAGCAUUGUACUAGAGAAGAACAAUACUAUAACGGCACACGAGGAGACCAUCAAAGAGGUUAGCAGUGAGCUCGACGUGGAAAAAGACAAGGCAUCUAGAUUAGAGAAAGAAAUGAGAGCACUCAUGCAAAACCAGAGUUCGGAAUACGUUCACAAUCUAGAACGCAUACGGAGUGAGUUAAAGCAGGAGUAUGAAGAAACAACUGAGCAGCUGAAGAAAAAUUACGAGAACAUCUUUGCCAAAAUGGAGGACGAGCACCGGAUUAGCCGAGAAGAGAUCGAAGCUGAGGUGGAAUCCUUGAAAGGUAUGGUGGAAAAUCUCGAGCAGUUAAAUCAACUGAAAGACGAAGAACACGAAGUGCAAAUGACGGAACAAGCGAGCAAGCAUGAAGCACAGUUAGAAGUUUUGGAAACGAGUUUCGAGAAAAAGAAACUUGAUUUAGAAAUGAAAGUGGAUACCACGAAUAAAGAGCUUGACUUAAUCAAGACCGAAAGACACUCUCUUGUGGAGAAGCACAAGGUCGAUUUGACCCAAUUAGAAACCAAGUUGUUAAAACAGAGUCAAACACAACUAAAACAUGCUGCGCAAGAAGUUGACGAGGUCAAAAAAGAGAAGGAACAGCUCAAAGAGGAGUACGAAAAGGAAAUCGAAACGUUGAAAGACCAGCUCAUCUUCGAGAGUGCUUUCCAAGCCGAUCUCCAGACCCAGCAUGAUAAGGAGCUACUGUCCCAGAAGGAAUCCUUGGAGAGUGAGCACAAGAAGCAAAUUGAGCAUAUCAAUCAGACUCUUCAGGAACAAAUCGCACAACUGGAAACGACGAGAAGUGAAAACGAAAACCAGAUCGGGGAACUGAAAUUUAGACUGGAAGAGUCGCAGAUUGAGCUGGGCAUGCUCAAAGAGACCGUCACUAGCCAACACGAAGCUGAGUUAAAAAUUCUUCAAGCACAACUGCAGGACAAAAUUCAAGAGUGCGAAAAUUUGAAAGAACAGAUGAGUGUGGAAGUUGUGCAGCUGUCAUCUCGAGUUGAAGAGUUGUCUGCUGCCGAGAACAAACCUUUCCAGGAGAGUGACGACACAGAAAGUAUUAAGCUUGGAUAUGAAGUUAUGUUGGCGUCUUUAAGGGUGGAGAACACCGAGCUUAACGACCAGGUGCAGAGUCUAAAGGAAGAGAUGAGACGUACCGUCAAUGCGCACCAACAGGAAAUGGACUUCACGAAGAGCGAGCUUGAGCGGCAAUUUAGGCAACGGGAGGACCUUAUCAACAAGAAACACUCUGAAGAAUUUAGUAAGCUCAUGGAGAAACUUGAAGACUUGGUGCAGGAACAGAACGCGUCCAAGUCACGCACUGAAGAACACAUGCAAGACAUCGGAACGUUACGUGCAGAAUUCGAUCACAAGUUUCAGCGUCUCUUGCGAGAAAAGCAAGAUGAGAUGGACGAACACAGAAGAUCACUUGAGCAGCAAUAUAAGUCAAAACUUCUUGAAAGCGAAGAACUCAUCAAAAAGAAAGAUCGUGAGAUAAAAGAGCUUCAGAGGGAUAUUAAAACUCUUCUUGACCGCAUCGAUGCAUGUAAGGGUGAAGCCCUCAGUCACCAGAAAGGUUUGAAUAAGGCAACUGAAGAACUGUCAAAAGUCCGUCGGGAAAAUUCGGAACUCUAUCGAAAACUUCGUGAACACAUCGAGAAAUCUCGAGGAACUUCGUUCGGUGCUGGGCAAAAGACAAUCGAGCAGCUACAACUGGAAAAUGAAAGACUCAAGCGGGAAAAUGAAAACUUGAAGAACCUUAUGAAGAGGUCACCUUUUGUUGCAAACGGCGUUGGCGAGUCGGAAACAUUUAGCGAAGGUUCUCACGUGUUACAACUCAUCAAAUUGAUGGAACAGUUAAUGAAAGAAAAGAACACUCUGGAACUAAAAUUGAGACAAGAAAUACUGGACUUAAAGACCAAGUUUGGAGUACUCGGCGACACGAGCAGGACGUCGAUACACCAAACUAGUGUCAUGUCGGUGUCGUUGUCGCCUGAAAAACACUUCAGCAGGGACGGCCUGGUGGAGAUGCUUCAAGAACUAAGAGAGAACAAGGUCAAACAGGAAGAGGAUAUCAAAAGCCAUGCUCAAGAGACCGAGAACAUGAUCAGCGAAAUCAAAAGAAUGAUGGACUCUGCUGAGUUCACGGAUCGCAGGCUCCAAGAGAUGCUGCGUAGCCAACUGGACCAUCUGGAACAGCAAAGGAGAGUGUUGGUACAAAGACUCUGGCAACUUAGAGAAAAGCACAAAGCUGUGGAGGAAAAGCUCUCCAGGCAAUUAGCGGGCAUCAGCAGCCCUCAAAACAGCAGUAACUCAGACAGUGCAAGAUCCAAGUGUUACGAGAGCAUCAUCGAGGAGAAUCUAAGGCGAGAAAAAGAGCUAUUGGCGCUCAAGCGACAACAAGUGGAAGACCUGAAUGCAAGGAUCACGCGCGAGAAAAUCGCUUUGGAAAGGCAUUCCAAAGAAAAGCAGAUCCUCGACAAGGAGAUGAAGGAGAAGGACAAGUUGGAAAGCGAGUUGUCUUCCCAAAGACGAGAUCUGGAGAGAAAAUGGAUCGGACGGUUGAAAGAGAGGGAGAUCCAGCUGAAGAGGGAGAAAGAGAUCUUAGACGAAACCAAAAGGCGAGAUGACGUUGAUAACAUUCUACUCCGGGACCCUUCUCCCAGACCAACCGAUCGAAAGGCAUUUGGAGAUUCAAGACAAAAUCUGCUGUUUCCUCUAACAAGCGAAGCAAGUUUACAGGAAACUUUAAAGAGAGAAAGAGACAAAACCGUCGAAAGAGCCUACGCACCAGAAUCCUACGGUCGAAGCACCAAUACGGCGAUUAACGAUUCCGCAACUUUGAAGCAGCAUAGUGAUUAUUCUUUGCGUGGUGGUAAACCAACAAGCGAUCGAACUGUGACCUCCGAGUCGCGAGGGUUGUGGCGACAGAAGAAGUCCAAGCGUUCGUCAACCAAGAAAAAGGAGCAAACUGGAGCAAACCGGUCGGAAGUCCACGUACCCAGGUUAGACCUUAGUUCUGAUUCGGACGUCGACCUUGGUAUGGCAAACGACUCGAACUCCUGGGACAUAGACUUGGACGACGAUUCUGACCUCGAACUCUACAGUACGCAGUCCAUAGAUGGCUUGGAAAACUUAGAGGAGGAUUGGGAGCGUAGACUGGAAGAAGAAUUAAAACAGAUAUCGGCGACUGGAGCGCUACUGCCAGGAAAUGACUUCACGGAUGCGCAAAAGCGUACUUUCCAGCAAAGGCAUUCUGGAGGUGGACCUCACAUGGAAGAAUUCAAGAAAAGUACACUUACCACACUGGAUAAAGCGCCGUCAUCCCAAUACGUGUCAAGCGUCGACUACGAUGCGAGCUGGCUUCGGAAAUUAAGCUACGAAUACACCCACCCGCGUGCCAAUCAUCCGCGGACUUCAACAGCCAAUGGCACAGGCGAACGCUCAGAACCGUUCAAUCUUGCAGACAUCUCUCGUAUAACGUCUGAAAUCGCUUCUCUACCCGAUGCACCCCCGCGUCACGUUAUACGAGGGCAAGAAAUCUUAAAAACACGCGCACAAGACAAUAUGGCAAGAGGUUCAGGUACCGCUCAAUACAUAGCGGAAACCUUGUUUCCUCUACAUAGAAACCCAUCCAAGGAGAGCGGUAUCGAUUCGCCGUCCUCAGCGCGUUCAGAACCGGUGAUCUCAGGAGCAGCGGUCGCCAGUGCGCGGCGUCGCCUGCUUCGGAAUGAACGCGUCUCGGGAGUGUAUCUACUGAACGUUGAUGAAUACGUUGACCGUCAUAUGGUGAGAUCAUCAGAGGAGGUGGCCAAAAUACGGGACUUAUCUCCCUCAGAGAAGCGUUUCGAUUUAUGAAACUCCAUACUGGUCUGGCAUGAUUUGGACAAGACGGUAUCUACUCACGUCGAUGAGCAAGAGAUUGACCGUCGAAAUCAUCCAACAAGAUGGCCAAAAUACGGGACUUCUCUCCCUCAGAGAAGCGUUUCCAUUUAUGAAACUCCAUAUUGGUCUCGCAUGAUUUGGACAACACGGUUUCUACAACACGUCGAUGAGCAGGAGAUUGACCGUGGAAAUCAUCUCACAAGGAGCCCAAAAUACGCAGUCUACCGUCCUCCGAGAAACGUUUUGAUUUAUGAAAGUACAUAUUUAUCUCGCAAACUGCGAUAAUUAUGAAGCUGAUAAAACAUUAUUUAUUACCCAGUAACAAUAACUAUAACUGUAGAGGUCGGCCACGAACUACCUGGAGCAUUUUCUAUUAAACACAUCUGUAUCAAAGGAAUAUCCUCAGUUACGUGAAAUUCAUCUAUCAUUUUCUCGGUCAAGGAACCUUAUAUCACAACAGAACAGAAACUGUUUUUUACAAGGAGAUCGUUCAUUGCAGCAACAUCUUCAGACUCAAAAAAAGGCUACUCUAGUACGCUUCCGUAAAUCAUUAAGCCAAGU